GCAGCCGGAGAUCCGAAUGAGGCGCGCCAUGCACCGGCGCCAGAGCCAGGGCACGGUGGUUCGGCCGCCUACGUUGCGCGAGACGGCUGAGCCGCCGCUGCCCGAAGUGGACGAGAACUUCGAGCUGCACCCGAGCCGCUUCGAGGUGUUCCGCUGGCGCCUCAACGAGUUCCUCAACCAGGGGCACAUGAUGCUGCUCGUGCUCAGGACGCACGUGCAUGACUUCAACCCGCACUACGCAGCGGAGUUCGAGCACGCCGUCCUCUACUACUCAAUGAUCAAGAUCGAGCUGGACGACUACUUUGACACCGUGGUGCACUACAGCAUGAAGGCGUUCAACCAGCGCGACAUCAAGUGGUGGCCGGACACGCUGUUCAAGCGCGUCGCCAUCGUGAUCUUCGCCGUGCUCGACAAGGUGGAGGUGCAGACGCUCGACUACUACGUCAACAAGGACAACCUGAAAGAACUCUUCCGGCACCUGCAGUGGGAGAACUACCUGUUCAACUGGAAGAUCGCACUCGACCCGUCGCCCUCGCCGAGCACCACAUUUGUCCCGUAGCGA